GAAAUAGUUCCGGGUGAGAAUGUGGGUGAAAGGUCGCGGUGAGUGCGAGAAGGAGACGCUGCUGUCAACCCGCUUUAAAACAACUGGAAUUCUAGAGUCUGAUAUAAAAGAGAUUCAGACGAGAUCGGACUGAAUCAUGUCGAAGCAGCAGCCGAUCAAUCCCAUGAAGAAUUUCUUCGCUGGAGGUUUCGGGGGAGUUUGUUUAGUGUUUGCUGGACAUCCGCUGGACACUAUUAAAGUGCGUCUGCAGACGCAGCCGAAGGCUCGUCCAGGUGAAGCUUUGUUUUAUAAUGGCACUUUUGACUGCUUUAAGAAAACUCUGGCAAAAGAGGGGGUCCGGGGUCUGUAUAAGGGCAUGGCGGCACCUAUCAUCGGCGUCACGCCCAUGUUUGCCGUCUGUUUCUUUGGGUUUGGACUCGGCAAGAUGCUUCAGCAGAAAACACCAGAUGACAUUCUGACAUAUCCGCAGUUGUUUGCAGCAGGAAUGCUGUCAGGUGUGUUCACGACGGCCAUCAUGGCUCCAGGAGAGAGAAUCAAAUGUUUGCUGCAGAUCCAGGCUGCGUCGGGUCAGGUGAAAUACUCCGGGCCGAUGGAUUGUGUCAAACAGCUGUACAGAGAAAACGGCAUCCGUGGCAUUUAUAAAGGAACGGCGCUGACGCUCAUGAGAGAUGUGCCAGCCAGUGGAAUGUACUUCAUGACGUACGAGUGGCUGAAAAAAGUCCUCACACCAGAGGGCAAGAGUCCCACAGAGUUGAGUGUUCCCAGUGUUCUGUUUGCUGGUGGGAUGGCUGGCAUCUUUAACUGGGCUGUUGCAAUUCCUCCUGAUGUGCUGAAGUCUCGUUUCCAGACGGCUCCUGAGGGCAAAUAUCCCAAUGGUUUCCGGGAUGUCCUGAGAGAGUUGGUUCGGGAGGAGGGGAUCGGCUCGCUCUAUAAAGGUUUUAAUGCUGUGAUGCUCCGAGCGUUUCCGGCCAAUGCGGCGUGUUUUCUCGGUUUCGAAAUGGCUAUGAAGUUUUUGAACUGGAUGGCUCCAAAUCUGUGACAUCAUCAGAACACUUGUGAACAGUCGCUGUAGUGAAUCGACUGAUUUGUUUGUUUGUUAGAUUCUUAAUCUGUUAUUGUUGGAUGUGCCUUAAUAUCAGGCAGUGAACUGAUUUGUGUCUUCAGGGAAGCUGAAUGUUUAUUACAACAGUUCACAGACGGCCGUCUGUCUGCACAUAUGAGUGUGAAACACAUUCACUUUUAUUUGCCUUCGAACCUCAUGAAGUCCGUAUAUAAAUACAGUGUACAGGCAUGUUUGAUUUAUUUUAAUUGUGUUAUUGUGUUCAUAUUAAUUAUGAACGUCACCUGCAUCAUGUACAUAAAUAAAUGUAUUUUGCUGAUUUUCAUAUCA